AUGGAGUAUUGGGAUGAGGGAUAUUGUUAUCCACUACAUAAUGUUUCAUGCACUAAGGAUGUGAGAUCCAGAUCUGAAUAUAUUUUUAUGUACAUUAUAUUCUUAUCAAUGUCGGCUCUGACUGUUUUUUUGAAUCUGCUUGUGAUAAUAUCUAUCUCUCACUUCAAGCAGCUCCACACUCCAGCCAAUCUGCUUGUCCUCUCACUGGCUGUGGCAGAUAUGAUUGUUGGAUUCAUCGUUAUGCCAGUAGAGGGCAUCCGACUAAUUGAAACCUGCUGGUAUUUUGGAGAGACAUUUUGUUCCAUUUUCCCACUUAUUUUGUUUGUGGUGGUGUCAGGCUCUCUUGGAAAUUUGGUCUUUAUAUCUAUAGACCGAUAUAUUGCUGUGAGUGAUCCUUUACUGUAUUCGACCAAAGUGACCAUUAAAAGGGUGAUAAUCUGUAUUUCCACUACAUGGUUAUGUUCUCUUAUUUAUUCUGUGACUAUUCUAUUCAAUCAUAUGUUUUACCCUGAGACACACAGUGCAUGUUAUGGAGAGUGUCUGCUUGUCAUUAACUUCACGUGGGUAGUUAUUGACCUUAUUGUUUCAUUAAUUGCCCCUUGUUCAGUUGUAAUUUCUUUAUAUUUGAGAAUUUACUGUGCAACAAAAUAUCAGGCCCAGGUAAUUAACUCUAUAACAGCUGGUAUCAGAGUGAGGGAGAAAGGUUCAACCCUAAAGAAGUCUGAACGAAAAGCGGCAAAAACAUUAGGCAUUGUUGUUUUUGUUUAUCUACUUUGUUGGAUACCAUAUUACAUAAGUAUUCUUUCUCUGGGCAAUAUCACAUCUAAAUCAGUUGCCAUGACAUUUCUGUGUUGGAUGAUGUAUAUGAAUUCAUGUAUGAAUCCACUUAUUUACGCACUAUAUUAUCCAUGGUUUAAAAUAUCCGCCAAACAUAUUUUAACUCUGAGAAUAUUUGAUUCAUCAUCAUCAUACUACAACCUGUUUAUGGAAUAA